CCAAUAAUACUAUUGUUCCUGUCAUUAUUGUUACUCCUGUUUGUUUAAUUCAACGUAAAGCUGAAAGAGAUAGGAGAAAAUGAAAGUGGGGAUCGCGGUAGUGUUAAUGGUGUCUCUGGUUUUGGGAUUCUCGUCGGCGGCCGAUUUCAGAUGGAGGAAAACGGCGUCGUUUGGUGGAUUUUUCGGCAGAGCGCCUUCCUCUAUCGUGUUCCCUGUCCAUGGGAACGUUUAUCCUGUCGGGUAUUACAAUGUUACAAUCAACGUAGGGCAACCAUCGAGGCCAUAUUAUCUGGAUCUUGAUACAGGCAGUGAUCUCACAUGGCUUCAAUGUGAUGCUCCUUGUGUUCGUUGCGUUGAGGCACCUCAUCCACUUUAUGAGCCGAGCAACGAUCUUAUUCCCUGCAAGGAUCCUCUCUGCAAGGCGCUGCAUUCACAUGGCGACCAAAGAUGUGAGGCGCCUGAGCAGUGUGACUACGAGGUCGAAUAUGCUGAUGGUGGAUCUUCUCUCGGUGUUCUUGUUCGAGACGUCUUCUCCUUGAACUACACGAAUGGAGCCCGGCUCAAUCCUCGUCUUGCCCUCGGAUGCGGGUACGAUCAAAUCCCGGGCGGGUCGAGCCAUCCUCUUGACGGAGUGCUGGGGCUAGGGAGGGGGAAAGUUAGCAUCUUGUCGCAACUUCACGGCCAGGGCUAUGUCAGAAACGUUAUCGGUCACUGCUUAAGCAGUUUAGGCGGAGGGUUUCUCUUCUUUGGGAGCGAUCUUUUCGAUUCUUCGAGGGUCUCUUGGACACCGAUGUCACGCGAGCACUCGAAACAUUACUCUCCUGGCCCGGGAGGAGAGCUUCUUUUCGGGGGUAAAACUACCGGGUUAAAGAAUCUGCUCGUAGUCUUUGACAGUGGCAGUUCUUACACAUACUUCAACUCGAAGGCAUACCAGGCCGUGACGUAUCUGCUAAGGAGAGAACUGAGCGGAAAACCGUUGACAGAAGCAAGGGACGAUCAUACGCUCCCUCUGUGCUGGCAAGGCCGUAGACGGUUCUCGAGCAUUGGCGAAGUCAAGAAGUACUUCAAGCCUCUGUCCUUCAGCUUCAAAACUGGAUGGAGGUCCAAAUCUCUCUUUGAGAUUCCCCCUGAAGCUUACCUCAUCAUUUCUAUGAAGGGAAACGUGUGCCUGGGAAUCUUGAAUGGCACAGAAAUAGGUCUCCAAAACCUAAACCUCAUCGGAGAUGUAUCGAUGCAGGAUCAGAUGGUGAUCUACGACAACGAGAAACAGUCCAUCGGUUGGAUGCCCGCGAAUUGCAACGAUAUUGCCUCGUUAAAAUCUUCAGAAGCUUACGGAUACUGAAGAAACUACAAAAAAAUAUCUGUGUAGAUUGUGUAAGCCUUAGUAGAUAGAUAUAUCUCUAUUCCCUCCAUACAGGCCUGAGAAAAUAUGGUAGAGAGAAAGUAGAAUAUGUAAUGUACAUUUUCACUACAUGAAUUAAGAAAUCUCUCUCUCUCUCUCA